CGCCGCCCGUCCCUCCGGAUCCGCCGCCGCGGCUCCGAGCCGGCCCACGCGCUGCCGCCGCCGGUGGGCCGUCGGGUGGACGGACCGUCUCCCGCGCCGUCGCCCCCUGCAUCACCUCCGCUCACAGGCUUGAGGAGGAAGGGUGCAAGGACCACAAAUCUGAGGCACAUUCAAAGGUGCCCACACUGGCAUCGUCAUCGACUGGGUCCUGCUCCCCCCCUCCCGUGUGCCCGUACAAUUUUCGCCACAAACGCCACAAAGCACCUGCUAAGAUGAAUAACCGUGCCAGCUGGGAUGAGCCCACGACAAAAAUUUUGCUGGAGAUGUGCAUUGAACAAAAGAACCAGCUAAACUGGAGCGAUAGAUGCCUCACUAAGUUGGGAUGGAGGAAUGUCCACUCCAGGUUCAGGGCAGCAACUGGAUUGCAACUGGGAAUGAAGCAGCUGCAGAACAAGCUCAACAACUUGAGGAGGCAAUUCUUCGGCUGGCGGGCAUUGGAAAACUCGUCUAGUUUAGGGCGCGACACACAAACUGGUGGGGUGUCGGCUGAUGCCACGUAUUGGGAGCAGGAGCAACAGGACACCCAGGCGAGGUCACAGCCGCAUUCUGUGAAGCCUCCACCUUUCCUGGACCUGCUGUUCGAGUUGUUUGGCCACGAACCACAAGACAGGGGCACAUUGCUGUCGGCCGGAGGGAUUCGUGAGGGCACACCUAGCAUGGGGACUGAGGGCAACUUCGUGGACUUGGAGGACGACCCCGCCCCUGCUACUAGUGCUCGUUUCAGUGCUCGUGCCAAGUCAAAAAGGCCGGUCCGAGAGUACUCAGUGGACAGUCCCACCAAAAAAAGAAGUGACAACUUGGAGCAGUACAUUAGGGACCUUUCUGAUAGUGUGGCCAAGCGGAGCCUGCUACGUGCGCCGAGUGCCCAUGAACAACUAAAUCGUUGUCUUGAGAUCCUAAAAGAAGAUGGUAUAGAGCAGGGGUCGGAGCUUCACAACCAGGCCAUGUUUUCUUGUGGGCAGAGUUCGGAUUGUCGGACCACGUUCUUAGGGUUAGACACAAAAGCUGCCCGAUUGAGUUGGAUCAAUUUCUACUGGAACAUGAUGCACAAGAAGUGAUGGUGGCCUGGUUCUUUCUUAGCUUAGUUGCGUUUACCGCUACAAAAUUUAUUUUCGAACGUAGUAGCGUAUCAGUACGGAAACCACUUUGGAAAUUGGUAAGGAUAAGUCGUUACCGCUCUCUCGCUCGUUUCGGUACAGGAACAAUUAUAUUUUACAAGUAUGAACAAUUCUAUUAUUAUUUGUAGUCCCACACAUUUUAAUUGUUUCAUUUUGUAAA